AGUGUAUUGGUGAAAUGAACAUUGCAUGACCUCACCUUUUCACUGUGCAGACGUAGAUUUGUUAUGAAAAGUGCAAUUGUUUAGUUUUAGUUCCACACAAAUGUAUGAAAUAAAUUAAGGAUUUUCACUAGUAAAACACGCACAAACGAACCAUUGCGAUGGACGCCCUGAACACGUACUACAGCAAGGAGGAGUACGUGGAAACAGCUUCCGGCAACAAGGUGAGCCGCCAGACGGUACUGUGCGGCUCGCAAAACAUUGUCCUCCACGGGAAAGUGAUCGUGCAGAGCGGGGCCAUCAUACGCGGUGAUUUGGCCGCCGUUCGCACCGGACGGUACUGCGUCAUCUCGAAGGGUUCGGUCGUGCGGCCACCGUACAAGCAGUUCAGCAAGGGUGUUGCAUUUUUCCCGCUGCAGAUCGGCGAUCAUGUGUUCAUUGGCGAGGGAGCCGUCGUUUCAGCGGCAUCGAUCGGUUCCUACGUUUACAUUGGCAAGAAUGCUGUGAUAGGACGACGAUGCAUACUGAAGGAUAACUGUAUCGUGGAGGACGGUGCCGUUGUGCCGCCGGAAACAACAAUUGCAAGUUACAUGCGUUACACCGCGGACGGAAGGAUCGAGGGUGGACAGGGCAAUCCCGAUUUUGUGCCCCACGGUAUGCUGGAUCUGAUGAUCGAGUUUACCAAAUCCUACUACGACCAUUUCGUUCCGGCACCCAACUGACGGCAACGCGAACUCUCGGCCGUGCUGAGAGUGCCACGAGUGCAGUGAUAGAAGGAAGGUGCAUCACUCCCCCGUUUUCAGCAAUUCCACAACUCGUAUCGUCUGCACUGCGGAAACUGAUCAUAACCAUUACGAGCGCAUAGGCAUAUAUUUAUUCACAGCAAGCUAACCAAUAAAAUCGUGUAUCGUUAAGUGAAAA